AUACGUCAUUUCUUGUGUCACAUGUCACGGAAGUAUUACGCCUAUCUUGUGGUCAUUGUUAAAAUAGUAUUAGACAACAGGGACCAAAGCACAUUAUCUUAAAUAAAAUAGCAUGGGUGGCUCAGAACUAGAAGAUCCUCGUGUUAAGAUGGACGAAAAGCUGCUCCGCUUUAUGGAUCUGCUCGAGUUACUUGAGAAGAAACGAACGACACUUAAUUCUCUUAUCGAGCAGGGAUGGUUUUCAAUUACCAAGGCACGGUAUUCCAUGGGAAACAAGCAAGUCUCUGCACUUCAGUACUCUAGUGAAAUGGAACCACUGGUUUGUGUUCAUACAAGAGCUCUGGAGAAUGGCGAGGUGCAGUUUUUCACUGAGAGAAAUAAAAAAAAGAGUAGUACCGAGUCCUCUGAUGAACUAUUGUCUGUAGAGGAUAUUGGGCCUCAAGAAGAAGGCCUCAGGCGAAGAAAUAAGACAAAAAAGGAGACUACAGAGAAGAAGGACACAGAAGGUGCAAAAACUGAUAAAGGCUUUGAAGUGAAUUCUGCUAGAAAAAGAGACCAGAAUCCUCAACAAGAUCCAUUGAAAUGGUUUGGGAUUUUGGUUCCACAGCCUUUAAAACAGGCACAGUCUUCAUUCAAGCAAGUAAUAGAGUUCUCUGCUGAGAUCGCAGCCCUCCAGUCUGCUGUCGUGAGUACCAGACAGGAGCUGAAGUUAAGCCUGGCAAAGGGACUAAACUCAGAGGACACUCUGGGCAACACUGUCAAAGAAAAAUGUCCAACCGAUGAAUUGACUGUUUCAGAACAGAAAGAAUGCAGUAAAAUAACCAGUAGUUAAAUAGUCGUGAGAUGAAAUCUAAAACAGUGAUUUGUAAAGUUGUCAUCAAAAUAAAAGGAAAUGAAAGUUAACUAUUGAUUUUGCAUGUUUUAUUCAUUUAUUUUGUAAUAAAUUCACCUUAUAUUGUUUUUUUAAUCUAUUUUGUGGAAAAUUCUGUAUAUAGUUUAUUUGAGGAAAACACAAUUACAUGUUUAAAUAUAUUUAUGUUUAUUUGAUUUAAUUUUGAAUUGUGUAAAAGAAUAAAGGAUGAUGAAAAAAAGAGUUUUCUCCAUCCCUCAACUAAAAGGUAUAUCAUUAGUAGUUACAAGAGUAAAAAAAAAACGGGAUGAAAAACCAUAUUUAAUGUGUUUUUGUGUGGUGGUUUUUAAAUGGACAUAAACACUCAAAUAAUCUUUUGAUUUACACUAAAAGCGUCCCCAGUGUAUUUGAAAUUAUGAUUAUUCCACUUUUAUCUAUAUCAAAAAAGUGUUGUUUAUAUAUAUAAUAAAGUCUCUACAGAGUGACGACAGGUGAUUAGAAAUUGGCCUCUAGAGUCACAGGUGGGACUGUUGGAGUGGAGUGAGUCGUCUUCAUUUCCCAUCAUCCUUUGUUUUCACUCUCUCCCACAAGCUUACCUGAAACCCCUAACUUAACAUUACUGGUACAAAAAGAAAAAAAAA